AAUGAGUGUCAAAAAAUAGCUACAAACUUUGAAACAAAAACACAUAUACCUCAAAUAAUAGGAGCAAUAGAUGGAACGCACAUUCCAAUUCUUCCUCCUACGGAUGGAUAUAAAGAUUUUAUUAAUCGCAAAGGAUGGGCUUUAAUAAUAUUACAAGCAGUAGUUGACAAUAAUUACAGAUAUCGUAAUAUUUUAUGUGGUACACCAGGAGCAUCUCAUGAUGCAGCUGUUUUUCAAAAUUCCAAUAUAUAUAAAAACUACAAUACUUUGAUUCCUCAGAGAGACGUAACUAUUUCAAAUAUUGCAAUACCAUAUUUUAUAAUGGGUGAUCCAGCUUACCCGUUACUUCCAUGGCUUAUGAAAGGAUAUACUAAAUGUAAUCAAUUAACACCUGAAGAAGAGUCUUUCAACGCAUAUUUAAAUUCUGGACGCGUAUGCAUUGAAAUUGCUUUCGGUAGAUUAAAAGCAAGGUGGCGACGACUUCUUAAACGCAUUGACCUUCAUUACACCUAUGUACCUUAUGUUGUAUCAGCUUGCUGCAUUUUACAUAAUAUUGUUGAAGAACGUAAAGAAAGAUUUUUACAAACAUGGCAACAAGCAGUAGAUGAAUUAAAUGUUCAAUUUCAACAACCAAGAUCAUUAAGAGCAAGAAAUCUGGAUGAUUUUAAUGCACACAUGAUAAAAGAUGCACUUAAAGAUUAUUUAGCAGAAAAUUUUGAAUUACGUAAAACAUUUUAAUGUUGAUUUGCAUAUAUGGAAUUAUUACAGAAACAGACAUCUCGUAUGAAUAAUAUAAUAUACAGGGUGUUUCCUAAGUAAGUAGACAAACUUAAAGAGGAUAUUCCUUGGC